GCUUCCGUGUUGUCGUGUGUUAGCAUCCGGCUAACGUUAGCCUUCAAAGUUGUGUCGGGGAACGACUAGCUAAAAGUGUCAAGUGUUCAAUUUGUUGACGUGGUCGUCGCGUUGACAUUUGGACGCGUUCUCCUCGUCAAAUGCUAAGCUCGAAAGGCUGACGUCAUGCGUGGUUAGCUAUCACGUGAGUGACGCCCUGUUUGGUGCACGGCUAACAACAAGCAAGUGAAAGUUGGCAUGUUAAUGAUUUGCAGCUCCUCAACUUGGUUGGUUGGCGUUUGAGGCGUUCGGGAGGAGUUCAGCAGGCCGCCGCUGACUGCUGAGAAAGCAAGUGCACUUCCCAUCUUUCUCGUCCCGGGCUGCUUCUCCACUUCCUGUCCGCGAAGGUUCACGCGCCGUACGGUCGCCCGACCCAUCUGGGCUCCCCGAGUGGGAGAGAGACGCCGCCGCCGCCAUCAUGGUGCUGUCGCAGAGACAAAAAGACGAACUAAACCGGGCCAUCGCCGACUACCUGCGCUCCAACGGCUACGACGGCGCGUACUCUACCUUCAAGAAAGAGGCCGACUUGGACGUGAAUGAAGACGUGGACAAAAAGUAUGCGGGUCUUCUGGAAAAGAAAUGGACGUCUGUCAUCAGAUUACAGAAGAAGGUGAUGGAGUUGGAGUCCAAGCUGAACGAAGCCAAGGAGGAGAUGACACACGGCGUUCCGGUGGCUCAGAAGAGAGACCCCAAAGAGUGGAUCCCUCGCCCCCCGGAGCGAUACGCCCUCAGCGGGCACCGCGCCCCCGUCACCAGGGUCAUCUUCCAUCCCGUCUUCUCCGUCAUGGUCACGUCCUCCGAGGACGCCACCAUCAAGGUGUGGGACUACGAGGCCGGGGACUUUGAGCGGACCCUGAAGGGCCACACGGACUCUGUUCAGGACAUCUCGUUCGACCAGACGGGCAAGCUGCUGGCUUCGUGUUCCGCCGACAUGAGUAUCAAACUUUGGGACUUCCAGGGUUUCGAGUGCAUCAGGACCAUGCACGGCCACGACCACAACGUGUCGUCUGUCGCCAUCAUGCCCAACGCCGACCACAUCGUGUCCGCGUCCAGAGACAAGACCAUCAAGAUGUGGGAGGUGGCCACCGGGUACUGCGUGAAGACGUUCACGGGCCACCGGGAGUGGGUCCGCAUGGUGCGGCCCAACCAGGACGGCUCGCUGAUCGCCAGCUGCUCCAACGACCAGACGGUGCGCGUGUGGGCCGUGUCGUCCAAGGAGUGCAAGGCGGAACUGCGCGAGCACGAGCACGUGGUGGAGUGCGUGUCCUGGGCCCCCGACAGCGCGCACCCCACCAUCCUUGAGGCCACCGGGUCAGAGAACAAGAAGAGUGGGAAGCCCGGUCCGUUCCUUCUCUCUGGAUCCCGAGACAAAACCAUCAAGAUGUGGGACGUCGGCAUCGGAAUCUGCGUCAUGACUUUGGUGGGCCACGACAACUGGGUGCGCGGCGUGCUGGUGCACCCCGGCGGCGGCUUCAUCCUGAGCUGCGCCGACGACAAAACUUUGCGGGUUUGGGACUACAAGAACAAACGCUGCACCAAGACGCUGAGCGCUCACGAGCACUUCGUCACCUCUCUGGAUUUCCACAAGAGCGCCCCCUACAUGGUGACGGGCAGCGUGGACCAGACGGUCAAAGUGUGGCAGUGUCGCUGAGUCCGCUUCCUGUCCCCAAGUCCUGCUUCGCAUCCCCUUGUGACCCCGCCCCCUUCCCUAUGCCCGCCCCCAGAUGACGAUCGUCCUUUUAUGUAAAUUAUUGCGGACGUCCCGUGUCCGCGCACCGACCGUCGGCGGCCGAGCGACCGCUCGUGCCUGUCCCUGCAUGGCUAAUUGCUUCCUGGUUUUCAUAGGCCACGCCCCCCUUUAGCGCCCAGGCCGCGUUCUUGUGGAGGGGGGGGGGGCAUGAUUGACAGCUUGUCCAGACUAAACACCAUGAAAAAGUGUCUGAAAGUGUGUGUGAGAUUGAAUCAGUGUAACUGAGCGUGCGCGUUAGUGUGACGUCAUCUUUCGACCCUCCCGGCCCCCACCCUUAAUGCCCCACAUGCGCCUGCCAAGUGGAGGAAAACGCCUACUCGUCAGUUUGCGGCGUGUGCGUGCGUCGUCGUCCAGUGCUCGCUAUCUGCCUUGCUGACCCGACGAGGGCUGCUGCCUCACGUGUGCGUGCGCGCGCACACACACACACACACACACACUCAUUACCUUCUCAUAUGCACACACGCACACACACAAGUGCACAUCCACGCACAUUAACAGUUGUGUACCUGUAUUUGUGGAUGUCAUGUUUGCAACAUAAUCAAAUAAAAUCAUGUAAAUAGCACUUUUGCUAUUUGCUCAUUGAAAUCAA